AUGGCAAACGUACGGAAGGCGAUGCUGCAGGAGAACGUUUUCACUCCAAAAGGAGAAAAGCUGAUGCAUGUUCUGCAAAUACAGGUAUCUGAAGGAAAUGAGGAUUACUGCUUGUGCCUCACAGUUACCAGGGAUGAAGAUGUUCAGAUUACCUUUUUGAAAAUCUUACCUAAUGGGCUUAAAGAGAAAUACAUGACUCAGGCGGUCUGGUUCCUAGAAGAUUUAACAGUGGUGGAUGGAAGAGAUGCGACUGCAGAUAAUCCUUACCUUGACCUACACUUUCAGACUGUCUGUAGCUGGGAGGCCAGUAGCACUGCCGCCAAGUAUGCUUUUGUACGAAGUUUAAGGAAGAUGAACAAAAUCUACCUGCAAAAAGACAUACAGUUCCUGAAUUUUGACAGUGAUUUCAUCCAGGAAAUGAGUUUCUUUGGAGUUCCUGAAGACACGAUGAUGGUGAUACAGCUUUGCUUGCAAGCCUUCAACUGUUUCUGUCUUUUAGGCUCUUUAUAA